ACAGGGCUAGCUGAUGCAAGUGAAAAUGGCAAAGAGCAAAGAUGACAUAAAGUAUGGGACUUCACAAGCGAGGCUGAACGAGGACGAAGCUGUGAGGGUUGCGUACAAGCAUGGGACGCCUCUUGAAGGAGGCAAAAUUGCUGAUUCUGAGCCUGUGGAUUUAUUUUCCAGUGCUCAUAAUAUUCCAAAGGCUCAAGCUCAGGCUCAUCAUGAUGUUCAUGAUGAAGAUUCUAAUCACAACCAGUCCCAGAUGAAACAAGAUGAUCUUACUAGAAGAGAAGGUGGUCCAGAAUCUGCUGCUGGCAGUACUAAAUAGAAGGCUUUCCAUUUUGUUUUUUUUCUUUUUCUCUUUUAUAUAUUCCGAAAUUCCUUCUGCUGCUGCUGGUUUUCUCUUUGUUAUGUGUUCGUUGUUGUAUGCUUUGAGUUGUAGGUUUUCUUCUUUCUUUUUUCCUCUCCUUGUUUGU